UAGGGGAGUCUACAUAAAUUUCGAAAUUUAACAUUAUUUAUUUUAAUAAGUAAAACAAUGGAGAACGAGUCCAUUUUAGAGAAAAUCAUCGGGAGUGAAGUAAUUGGCCUCUUAAAGUGCAACAUUUGCUGGGAUAUAUUUACAGAACCGACCAUUCUGCCGUGUGGACACACGUUCUGUAUGGGAUGUUUGAAUGAGAUAGGCCGACACCGGUUGAAAAAUACAAAAGUGGCAGUUACCUGUGACAUCACAAUUCUGUGUCCGAACUGUCGUCAUGGCGUUCUUCUCGAUGACGUCAACAACCUGAAGAAUGGUGUUCGAUUAAACUACGCUUUGAGUUCCAUUAAGGAAACACUGACAAAUGUUCAGUCUGUGCCUAAAGUUGACGCCUCAACCAAUACCGAUACCAAUGCAGUAUGGGACGAAAAGUUGAAAAACAUAGAACAAAAUAUGAAUACUGCCUUUUACGAACUGAAGAAAAGAGGCAACGUUAUAAACAGUGCCUACGCGCAGAUUGCAAAAAUAAGGGAAUGCAAAAACCAAAAUGUUAAAACCGGGCUUUUUCAAGAAAACGGCGAGUUAAACAAUUACACUGUGAAGACAAAACGCAUAAAUGAUCAAGUAUUUGAUGUCAUGAAAAGCAAACUGAAUGUCAAUCAACCCGAAUUUGUUCCACGUAGCCAUGCCAACCCGAAACAAUACGGUUAUCAACAAGGGAGAAGGAAUCACCAUUAUGUGCGACAGCCAUGGAAUUCUACUUCCGGUGUGAUUCCACAGUAUCAUAGAGUUCACCCUGCAUUUGACCCUGCAAUUGUUUCCGUCUAUGGUCCUGCGCAGUAAAAGAACCAAAAGAGUACUUUUGAUAUACAUGUAUAUUUUAUUUAGAGAAAGCGUUGACCUAUUUUUUUUCUAAUUGGAACAUUGACGACGCCAAUUUAUAUCUUUUUAUCUGGCUUAUUCCAGAAACAUAAAUUUAUAAAGUUUUAUAUAUUCUACAUUUUGUAUAUUUUAUUUAAAAAUAAAGGCAAAAUUUUA